UCGUGUAGUGACCACGCGUUUGUUUUAAUUUUAUUUUGUUAAACUUCUUAAUGAACUAGUGAAAAUGAUGCUUAAGUUCAAAGUGAUAUUAUUAAUUUUUUUAAUGACGUCGAGUUACGCUGAAAAUGAAGCAUACGUUGAUACUGAAGGGGAAUAUGAAACAAUUGAUGACAGUCUUUUUUCGGAGUCAAAAAAGAGCAGUUCCAGAAACGGACGGCUGUUUUUCCCAUAUCAACAUUCUAUAGCAGAUUCUAUAUUCGAGGCAUUUGGCAAAAACGGCAUAAAUAAAAAUACGGCUGACUAUUUCGCAUUUUUGAGAGAUUCCUACGAUUUGCCUGACGGUUUGAAGUCACCUCUACUCGAAUAUGACUUCGUUAUCAUAGGCGCAGGUUCAGCUGGAAGUGUUUUAGCUUCAAGACUUAGUGAAAACAGAAACACUACAAUUCUAUUACUGGAGGCGGGAAAACCUGAGAUGCUGCUCACCGACGUACCAGCACUCGCCCCGUACUUCCAGGCAACAGAUUAUACAUGGCAAUAUUAUAUGGAGCCACAGCCCGGUGUAUGUAUGGGUAUGAUAAACGAACGGUGCUUUUGGCCCCGUGGAAAAGCUGUGGGUGGUACUAGCGUCAUAAAUUAUAUGAUUUACACAAGAGGUAGACCUCAAGAGUGGGAUCGAAUAGCUGCUGAUGGAAACUAUGGAUGGUCCUACAAUGACGUAUUAAAUUACUACAAGAAAUCUGAAAAGGCUGAUCUCGAUGGCUAUGAAAAGAACCCCAACAGGAACCGUAAUGGCAUUCUACCCGUACGAUUCGUCCCAAAAAGAACAAAAUUAAUAAAGGCAUUUCUGCAAGCUGGUGAAAUCCUGGGACACCCAACCAUAGAUUAUAACUCACCUGACCAACUUGGAUUUGGUCAUGUACAAGUAACAAUAGAAGCAGGUCACCGCGCUAGUACUGCAAAAGUUUUCUUGCACAAACAAAAGAAAAGACGUAACCUACAUAUUCUACCUGAAGCCACAGCCACAAAAGUAAUAAUCGAUCCACAGAGCAAAGUGGCAUAUGGAGUUGAAUUUUCAAGAAAUGGUCGUCAAUAUUUAGUAAGGGCACGCAAAGAAGUAAUUUUGUCUGCAGGACCGAUAGCCUCCCCACAACUUCUAAUGCUUUCCGGUGUUGGACCUAAGAAUCACUUAAUUUCAAAAGGUAUACACGUUAUUGAAGAUCUUCCAGUAGGAAAAACGCUUUACGAUCAUAUAUGCUUUCCAGGAACAAUAUUCACUCUUAAUGUAACAAAUGUAAGUGUCCGCGAAAGUGCAGCAACAACUCUAAGUUCCAUCGUCUCUUGGUUACGAGACGGCGACAAUGACUUGGCAACUCCUGGUGGAGUAGAAGGUAUAGGAUACAUUAAAACACCAGUUUCUGAUGAUCCAGAUGAAAUUCCUGAUAUAGAACUAAUAUCAAUAGGAGGAUCUUUCGUUGCUGAUGGUGGUCCGACCGGGAGUAAAGCUGUAAGAAAAGGUAUGAGAAUAAGAAACCAAGUUUUCGACCAGGCCUUUGGACCUAUAGAUGAUACAGAUACUUGGAGCGCAUUUCCAAUGUUACUGCAUCCAAAAUCAGUAGGUUAUAUAGAAUUAAAGGAUAGAAAUCCAUUUAGCCACCCUAAAAUGGUUGGAAAUUAUCUGACUGAGCCGAGUGAUGUAGCUACAUUUGUGGCUGCAAUUCGACAUAUACAAAAAAUAGCCGCAACGGAGCCAUUUCAAAAAUUCGGAGCGCGUAUAUACCCAGCUGACUAUUUGCCGUGUCGUUCAUACCAAUUCGAUUCAGAUGCUUAUUGGGAGUGUGCAGUACGAAUGUUGACUGCUACACUACACCAUCAAAUAGCAACAUGUCGGAUGGGUCCGGCCGGGGACCCCCAGGCUGUAGUCGAUCCCGAAUUACGAGUAUACGGCAUCAGUAGAUUGCGAGUGGUCGACUCCAGUGUCAUACCGCGCACAGUCUCUGUGCACACUAAUGCACCAGCAAUAAUGAUUGGAGAAAAAGCUGCUGAUAUGAUAAAAACUACUUGGAGUAUUUAAACUUAAAUUUUAUGUCCUGCGUUAUAGCUAUUUCUAUCGUCAGCAAAAUGUUUGCGGUUGUGUUCCUGAUCGAAGGCUAGAUAUGGCACUAAAAUAUAAAAGUCCAUACUCUACUAAGGAGGUUAUGCCUCUAAGGGCAUUAUAAUUUCCUGGAAAGUCAACGCAUAGCAAAAACAUCGCGAGAAUCACAAUGUAUUUUUCAUAUUUGUAGAGAUGAUCAUGUACAUAAGUCAGUAAAAGAAAAACCAAUUGGGUUAUUUAUUUAGCACAAUAUAUUAAAGGACAAUUAGUAAUUAAGGUGAUUAGUCAUUCAAAAAUAUGAUUCAAUCAUAUUUACUAUGUAGCGACAAAAAUUUAAGGAGAUAAAAAUGUAAAUAUGAGUAAUGUAUAAAAAAUGUUUUAUUUCACAAUAAAAUCACAA